CCAUCAAAAUCCCUUAAACCUAGACUUUUUUACUCCAAUCCAUGGCGGCUAAUAACAGAUCCGAUCAUGGGUCAGACGAAAACACAAGACUUUACAAUCCUUACCAAAACUACGAAGUCCCAAUCAACAAAUCUCAGUACCUUUACAAGCUUCCAACAUCUCCUGAGUUUCUCUUCACGGAGGAGUCUUUAAGGCAACGUAGAUCUUGGGGUGAGAAUCUCACUUUCUACACCGGAACAGCUUACCUCGGUGGCUCCGUUGCCGGAGCUUCUGUUGGAGUUAUCACUGGAGUCAAAAGCUUCGAAUCUGGCGACACUACUAAGCUCAAAAUCAACAGGAUCUUGAACUCUUCUGGUCAAACGGGUCGAACUUGGGGUAAUAGGAUUGGUAUCAUUGGGUUGGUUUACGCAGGGAUCGAGAGUGGUGUUGUGGCUGUCACGGAUAGAGAUGAUGUUUGGACCAGUGUGGUGGCUGGUCUUGGGACCGGAGCUGUUUGUAGAGCGGCUAGAGGAGUGAGAUCUGCGGCUGUGGCUGGUGCUCUUGGUGGACUUGCGGCUGGAGCUGUUGUAGCUGGGAAGCAAAUUGUGAAGCGGUAUGUGCCCAUUUGAAGACUGCAAGAGUCUAAUUGGAAGACUCUGUUUCGUCGUUGUUGAAAUUUUUGAUAGGGGAAAUGGUGAGAAUUUGAUAGGUUUGGUAUGUCUUUGGAAUCAUAAAAAUGAAAACUUUAUUUGGUUUCUAGAGGUACAAGUCUGUAUGUCUGUCAGUCAUAAUGCAGUUUCACUUUGAAGAAUAACCUGCAAACCUUUUUUUAUAUUCAUACUGAUAAAAUGUUUUGCCGAUUGGUAAUUUAAUUUGUCAUGAGUGUGUUUCUUCUAGUUAGUGUUUUAUGUUUCUGUUUUUGAUCAAUGUUAACUCUUUCUUGAUUCGUUGAGAAACGGAUGUGUUGUAUUACAUUUGUAAUGAAGCUCUUCUCUCAAGUUUUUUUUCUUAUCAUUUUGUUAAUUGGGAUGGUGUAGUAUGUUCACAUAAUUGUAUACUCUGUUUAUCUCAUUGAGUGCUAACCUGAUGUUUGAUGGUCCUAUUUGUUACCUAUUUUUCCCUUUGGUUCUAUUUCUCUGGACUGUUCUCUGCUCUUACCUAUUCAUUUUGUCUGUAAGAUUUCACAAGCUAUGAUGAGGGAUCAGUCACUUUUUGUUUUGUGGUUUUUGGCUCUCAUGUCUCAGUCAUAUUGUGUAAUAAACCUUCCCUAAGCUC